AUGACGCCUGAUGAUGAUGACUUCGAGGUGCAGAAUAGGGCUAGCAAGACCAGGCAAAAUACUGACGUGAGUCAAGGAUUUACUCAGAGCCAGGUGCCAGUAACUAGGCCUGAGGCCCCAGUACCAACCCAGUCUUGCCAGGCCCCAGCAACAACCCAGCACAUCCAGGCCCCAGCACCAACCCAGCACUUCCAGGCCCCAGUACCAACCCAGUACUUCCAGACCCCAGCACCAGCCCAGCACUUCCAGACCCCAGCACCAACCCAGUCUUGCCAGGGCCCCAGCACCAACCCAGCACAUCCAGGCCCCAACACCUACCCAGUUUUGCCAGGCCCCAGCACCAACCCAGCACAUCCAGGCCCCAACACCAACCCAGUUUUGCCAGGCCCCAGCACCAACCCAGCACAUCCAGGCCCCAACACCAACCCAGUUUUGCCAGGGCCCAGCACCAACCCAGCCCUUUCAGGCGCCAGCACUAACCAAGUCUUGCCAGGCCCCAGUACCAACCGAGCACAUCCAGGCCCCAACACCAACCCAGUUUUGCCAGGGCCCAGCACCAACCCAGCCCUUUCAGGCGCCAGCACUAACCAAGUCUUGCCAGGCCCCAGCACCAACCGAGCACAUCCAGGCCCCAACACCAACCCAGUUUUGCCAGACCCCAGCACCAACCCAGCACUUCCAGGCCCCAGUAACAACCCAGUCUUGCCAGGCCCCAGCACCAACCCAGCACAUCCAGGCCCCAACACCUACCCAGUUUUGCCAGGCCCCAGCACCAACCCAGCACAUCCAGACCCCAACACCAACCCAGUUUUGCCAGGCCCCAAUACCAACCCAGUUUUGCCAGGGCCCAGCACCAACCCAGCCCUUUCAGGCGCCAGCACUAACCAAGUCUUGCCAGGCCCCAGCACCAACCGAGCACAUCCAGGCCCCAACACCAACCCAGCCCUUUCAGGCGCCAGCGCUAACCAAGUCUUGCCAGGCCCCAGCACCAACCCAGCACUUCCAGACCCCAGCACCAAACCAGUUUUGCCAGGCCCCAGCACCAACCCAGUCUUGCCAGGCCUCAGCACCAACCCAGCAUUUCCAGGCCCCAGUACCAACCCAGUCUUGCCAGGCCCCAGCAACAACCCAGCACAUCCAGGCCCCAGCACCAACCCAGCACUUCCAGGCCCCAGCCCCAGCACCAACCCAGCACAUCCAGGCCCCAACACCAACCCAGUUUUGCCAGGGCCCAGCACCAACCCAGCCCUUUCAGGCGCCAGCACUAACCAAGUCUUGCCAGGCCCCAGUACCAACCGAGCACAUCCAGGCCCCAACACCAACCCAGUUUUGCCAGGGCCCAACACCAACCCAGCCCUUUCAGGCGCCAGCACUAACCAAGUCUUGCCAGGCCCCAGCACCAACCCAGCACUUCCAGACCCCAGCACCAACCCAGUACUUCCAGACCCCAGCACCAACCCAGCACUUCCAGGCCCCAGUACCAACCCAGUUUUGCCAGGCCCCAGCACCAACCCAGCACAUCCAGGCCCCAACACCUACCCAGUUUUGCCAGGCCCCAGCACCAACCCAGCACAUCCAGGCCCCAACACCAACCCAGUUUUGCCAGGCCCCAACACCAACCCAGUUUUGCCAGGGCCCAGCACCAACCCAGCCCUUUCAGGUGCCAGCACUAACCAAGUCUUGCCAGGCCCCAGCACCAACCGAGCACAUCCAGGCCCCAACACCAACCCAGCCCUUUCAGGCGCCAGCACUAACCAAGUCUUGCCAGGCCCCAGCACCAACCCAGCACUUCCAGACCCCAGCACUAACCAAUGUGAUGGCAUGGUACAGUCGCGACAAGCCAAUAGCCGGAACUUGCCACUGCAGCAGCGCGACGUGAAAAGACGAGAAGAAACCGAACUGGACACACGGCUGAUGUGA